GCGGAUCCAGCCAAAACGGGCCUCGUGCCAAACUUUGCCAUGGCCUCCUCCUUCAACCGAGCCUUUGCUGCAGGGCGUGGCUCCGCGAAAGCCAAAGCUGGGAGAGGGCGCGGCUCGCAGGCCGCCCAAGCUGCGGCCGCUGAGGCUGAGCUUGCCAAAGUGGAGGCCAAUGAAGGGAAGGUCACCUGCGCGAACCGUGCGCUGCUGCAGCAGAUGCUCUCUGGUGCCCUCAGUGAGGAGGAGGAUGCCCAAAGCGAUGAGAGAGAGUUCUUGUCUGCAAGCAUGCGGAAUGUGAACAGCCAGCCCCAAGCUCGAGGCAAUGUCCCGACAAUCAGAAGUCCUCCCAGUGGUCGCCCUGGCUCACGAGGAGGUGGUUUCAACUGGCCAGGCACGCAGAGGCGCGCAAGCUUGGAGAGCCAGGCCCGGCCGAGUCUGGAGUCAACCAACGGCGUGCGGGUCACCACCGGGGCUCCUCGGCCGGCGCUGGUUACCUAUGUGUCGCAGCCGCGGCCCGGGAGCCGAGGAGCUGGUGGGUCACCCACUGGAGAGGCGCUCUCCAGCCCUGCAAGUCAGCGAUGGCAGAAGCCUACGGUCCGACCUGCAGUUCAGCCCAAGAGCGGCGCGCCCAAAGCCGGGCCUCCUUCCAGCUACGCAGGUAUGCACCAAGCGCGCAAGCCUGACAGCGUGGCGAUCGCGACUGGCUUUGGUCGGGUGGCAGCAAAGCCGCGCUGUGGCCCCAGUGCCUUUGAGUUGGUGAAGAAGCUUCAGACACAGGAUGUAAGCUGGAACUGGUCAUUGGCAAGUAUGACGCAGGGAGUUCAUGGCAAGCAGGAAAGCGAGCAGGAUCUUGCGGAGGCUGAAUCAGGCGACGAUGGUUUUGUCAUGCCCCCCGGGUCUGACGGCGAGGCCAGCCAGCAGGACGACGGCUCUGCAUUUUUCAUGCCUGAUGCGGACUACCAAGACGCAGAGGACUCUGCGGCUGACUAUGUUGCGCAGGUGAAGCGUGACCUUGGGAUCGAGGCGCAGGUCACCAGCCGUGAGCCUCGAGCACCAGUGGCCCCUGAAAGAGUGCCCGCCCAAGCGGUCGCCCAAGUGCCUGUGCACACAGCUCAGGCAAGAGCCAGAAGCAGUGACACCAGGAGCGAAGCAGCUGCUCCGCCCCAGGUCUUCAAAUCCUUUCCGCGGUCGAGGAGCAGCGACCCCCGCGCCCACGUGGCAGCGGCCAGGGCCUACCAGUCCGCUGACUCGGACGAUGAAGAAGAUGACGAUGACGAUGAGCAGAAGCAAGGUUUCCAGUGGAAGGCAGGCAUCCGCGACAUGGUGAAGAACUUCGCGCAGGAGGAGCGCGCGAGGCAAGCCAGUCCACGUUCGAAGCCUUCCUCUUCACCCAACACCAGGAAGCCCCCAAGGGCACCCCUUCCCUCGGGCCCAGAGCGAGAGCAGCGUCGCGCAGAUGAGGAGGCAAGCAAGAAGCCGCGCGCGCCAGUGGAGUACACGCCAGCAACGGUGGAAGACUACAAGCAACGCUUUGGCAAGAAAGCUGAGUAUUCCGAGCUUGGGCGCUUAGGGCCAGACCUCGAUGACGAGGGCUUGUUGAUGAAGCGGGCGAUCCAGGAGAAGGUGAAGCAGUUUAGCAAGGAGCUGCACCGGGUAAACAAGACGCGCGCAGAGAAGGUCCCCCCGACGCAGAAGGCUGAGCCAAAGAUAGAGCUCCAAAAGGGCAAGACGGCGAGAGACAAGGCCAAAGAAUUCGCGAAGAACGUCCCGAAGCCCAAGCCCGCUCCAAAGCAGGUCUGGCACCUAAGGUCCCAGCAGGUGGUGCUUACUCCGUCCCAGCAGGCGGAGGAGGAGGUGCAGGAGAAGUCGCAGGAGGCGGCAGACUGGGACGAAAUCAGGCGCCGUGAGCGGCAGCAUUUCGAGGAUGCUGCGAGAGUAGCAGAUGUGAGGCAAUUCUUAGCGAGGCUCGCAGUCUAGUUGGUCGGGUCGAAACGGCCUAGUUCACUGGGCCUCGCAGGCAAGCA